GCAGGACGAGCGCUUCAGCUAUGUCGUACUGCGUCGCGGCCCUCGGCCGGACUUCCGGGUCGCCGUGUCACGUGAGUACGGCAUGGCGGCCGCCGCAGCAGCAGCCGAGGAGCAGCCCAGCGGUGGUGCCGGCUCCUCCUCCUCAUCCUCCUCUUUUGAGGAGGACUUCACCUCCUCCGCGCCGCUGCUCCCCCGGCUGCCGCCCCGUGUGGUGUUCAGCCAGGUGCUCCUGGACAGAGCAGCUGCAGCAGCAGCAGGAACCGCAGCGACACCCGGAGCGGCAGCAACAGCAGCUGAUGCAGUAGCAGCCGUUCGAGAGCGGGGUAGUGCCUCCUCAUCUCGGACGCCGGUUGCUGCUGCCAGGGAGGACGAGGGAGCGAGAACAGUGGUGUCGCAGCCGCCGCCGCAGCAGCAGCAGUCACGCCGGCUGCCCCUCUUCUCCUCCGACCCAGUAGCCUCCCCGUCGGAGGGUGGCGAUGAGGCAGGCAGGCUUUCAUCCGCGUCUGAGUCUGCCACUGAGCACUCGCAGCACCCGCAGCAGCAAGCGCAGCGCCGCAGCAGCAGUGAGGGCGAGGCUGCUGCCGCGACGAGGGCGGAGCCGGCUGGCACCGCUGCUGGUGGUGCUGGUGUUGGUGGUGGGGUCGGCACAGGACCGGUGGUUGCCGCGUUCGCUCGCAAGUACCCGGCGUAUGGUCCGGGACUGGUUGGACGGCUGAUGGUGCUGCAGGAUGCCGGCGUCAACUGGGCAGCUCCACCAGCCGAUGACGCAGCAGAUGGCCAAGGAGCGGCGGAACUACAAUCGUCGGCUGAUCCCGACAUGCUGACCCACGAUGACCCACGGGUCGGCCGCCAUGGCCCUGCUGCGCCAGCAAAGGAGAGCUCUGCCUCCAGUGCUACACUACGCAAUCUGGGUCUGGACUCCGCCGUGGCGGAGCUGUCUCUGGCAAUGGUUGGUGGUGCUGUUCCUGAUGCAGCGGGGGCCGCCGAGAAUCGACCCAUGGGUCUGCGUGAGGGCGACGCCACGGCAACCUCCAAUGCGCCAGAUCAGGAGCUUGCGGAACCAGAGGUUUCGGGGCGGGCGGCCGCUUGGUCUCGGCUGGAUCCUGCUGACGUCGGCGAGGAGGAGUACGCGGCUGCGGAAGAGAAGCUGAUGGUGCGCAUCUACGGGGCCAAGGUGGCGGAGGCCUGGCGGGCGAGUCGCGGUGACGGCUACGGUUAUGGAGGCGAGGGCGGCGACGAGGGUGCUUACAUGGCGGCUGCGGAGGAGGGCGGUCGGAGUGAUGCCGAGGUCGGCGGCGCGGGAAGUGGGCGCUCUGCGAGGGAAGCUGACGAUGAUGAUGAUGAUGAUGAGGACGCGGAGUUGAUGGACGAGAGCGCGGUCAGUGCUUUUGAGGCACGUGUGGCUGCAGCUUCGUCGUACAGCUGGGGCCGCAUUGUACGGCAGCCGCGGCGCCGUGGUGGCCACACGCUGCUGGACCUGUGUGUGGGGCCGCAGGGGUACUACCCGGAUGAGGCGGGGGCGGGCGAGGGCGAUGGUGAGGGGGUGGCAGGCGAGCGAGGUGACAGUUCUGAGGGGCGUGCGGCGCGGGCGGGGGCAGAAGUGGCGGAGGCGGGAGACGCAGGAGAGGAGGCGGCGGACGGGCGGUUGGUGCAGCAGAUUGUCGCCAAGUCCGCUCGGCGUAGCUGGAUGGGUCGUCCCGCCUACCGCCUAGCUCGGCGGCUGGCGUGGGGCGACUGCUGGCCUGACUGGUACAUUCGCACGCACAACACUCGACAGCUGGGCGCAGCGGGCGCGGGUGCGGGACAGGCGAAGGCUGGGCACAUGGGGCGAGGGGAGGAGGGCGGGGAGGAAGCGGAGGAGGUGGAGGAUGAGGGUUCGCGUGAGGUGCAGGGAAGCCGACGAGGGAGGAAGUAAGGAGGGGGAGGUGAUGUCGUGUGUAGGGUGUGACGGUUGGUGGGCUGCUUUGCUGGCGGGUCGUUCACCUAGGCGGGCACCCUGAGGGAAGCAGCGAAGACUCAUGCAUGCUAGGGAUUAAUAAGGGGAAACCUAAGGGCGGAUGGUAGAAGUCCGUCUGCCGCAUCAGACAGCGGAAUGCGUGAGGCAGGCAGCGGACUACGCCAAUAUUAGGAGAACCGGUAGGCGCCAUGCUGCAAUAGAAAGGCUGUCUCUGGUCGGAAUCCUCUUUCCUGUAACAAAUGAGUCCAAA